GCGACUUUUGCAGAAAACAACCAGUGUCUGCCUUCCUGAUUGGGGAAGGUCAUUCCACAGCCUGGAGACAAGAGCAGAGAAGAGUCAGGGAUGCAAGGGGCAGUGGGAGGAUGUCUUAAGAGAUCGGGCAGCCAGAUGACAACAAGAGACUGAAACCUGUCUGGUUUUAAUGUACGCACUAAAAGCGUCUGUGUUAAAGAAAUUUGUACAGAGUACAUUUAAGUCACAAUUUGACGCUUGUGUACUCUGUUAGAGUUUAAUUAACGCUAGACAUUAAUGUAUAUGGUGAAACCAUUGUCUGAAGAUAGGAAGGAACUGUGUCAUUUACAGUUUGGAAUGCCACAGAAUGUUACAGAAAUUUUAAUUGAAUGUAGGCAGCUACUGGAAGUUGAUCAAAAGUGGCCUGAAGACCAGGCAAGCAGCAGGAUUCUGGACCAGUUUCAGUAGCCUGAUGGCACAGGACAGAAAGCUGGCCAGCAAUGCAUUUGCAAUUGUCCAAGCAAGAAAUUAGGAGUGCUUCAACAAGUAACCAAGUGGGCUGUUGGGUGAGGAGGGGCAGAUUGUUCUGAUGUUUGAACAGAGAACCUGCAGGGUCAUUGCAGUGUGUUUUAAGAAGCUUAGCUGGUCAUCCAGGGUCACACCAAGUUUCUUAGCUGAGCAGGAGGGAGACACUGGGGAGCUAUCAGUAGUAAUUGAGGCAUCAAUCCACUGGGAAAACUUUGCCAGGAGGAACAAGACUUCUGUCUCACCCAGGGUGAGCUUCAAGUGAUGGAUGGACAUUCAGGCUACAAUGUCCGUUAGGUGUGCAAAGGUAUGGGCUGAACUUGUCUGAGGAGAAAAAUGAGUAAAAGCGUUGAGUAUUAUAGAGUUGAGCAUAGCAAUGAUUUGACUGGGCCAAGUUAUAGCUGUAAAAACAGAGGAAGAAAUGACCAAGCACCAAGCCCUGCUGUGGGCUAGUCUGGAUAUACCAUCAGGAUGGCUUGGGUGCGCAAGGAAAAAUAAAAAUAUAAUGGGAAAUUGUGAUGAGUAAUUCACAAAUCUUUCAAAUGAAUGAACUGAUUUUCUGCUGUUUGCAGGCAGUUUACAUUCUGCACAGCAGAAUAGUUAGGCUGUCACAGAUAUAUAUGCAGUAUAAAGCUAAAUCCUGUUGACCUUUUAAAUUUCCUGUAAUACUAUAGCCGGCUAUUUAAGAAAAGUUAUUUCACAAAAACCUCAAUAGCCUGUACUCAGUCAUAGUGGGGGGGAAUAGUGGAAUUGACUACCCAGGGACCCGGCAGGGAGGAAAAGUGGGGUGGGUGUCUCAAGAGGCCUGGACUAAGGGGAAGGUGGCCCACAGAGACUGUAUUUGCACAGGGCCCAGAAUUCCAUGCUACACCUCUUCCUGUAUCACCCCUCCUUCUUUAGCCUAAAUAAACAAAUUAAGGCUAAAUUGAUACUGGUAGUAUUUGCAUUUGGAGUGUUACCAGACAAGUACACAUUGAAGGGUCCAAAUACUGUGAGGUUAUGGGUGUUUUUUUUUUUUUUUUUUUUUUUUUUUGUUUUUUAUUCACCUGAGACCGCCUUCUGCUGUGCACGAGCCAGUGAUAUUCUCAACGGCAAUCUGAGACAAGAGCGCGGGAAACGUCUUCACAAUCAGCGGUCUCGAGAUUAGAACUCAAUGCAAUCUAGCUAAUCCUGAGGAGACGCGAGAACGUUGCAACACUCAUCCAAGAUUAUGGAUACAACACGGGGUCUAAAGGAAAAGCCCAGGUUUGCCUCCCCAGUUGCUCGAAGUGGGCAGAAUGAAGGAGAGAGGAAGAACCAGAUCCAAAAAGAGGAAAUGAUCAAAAAAACAAAAGAAAGGGAAGAGAAAGAAGGUCCAGAGGGAGAAAGAGAAUCUUUUCAUGCCUCAGGAAAAAAAGAGUUUGAAACGGGAGAGGUUUUGGAAUGCAGUGAAAAAUCAGAGAUAGGCAAGGGUAAUAGAAGCACAGGUGUAGAGCCAAAACAAACAAAGAUCUUAAAAUCAGAGAAGAAAAAUCUGUCUGCAAAAGAGGUGAAAGGUGGAAAGUUUACCAAAGCUAAAAGAAAGAGAACCAUAGGGUGUGUUGCGCCAGAUGAAAAUCUGGAAGCAGAAGAUGCAGAGUCAGGGGUCGUGCAGGGAGAUGGAGGGGGCGUGGCUGAAUGUAGGGAGCAGGAGGCCGACACAGGGAACUUGCUGGAGGAAAAGAAACCCAUGCUGUCAGGAGGAGCCCAAAGCUCAACAUCAGUGGGGAAGAAAAGCAAAACCAAGAAGAAGGAUUUGGGGGUAGAAGUGCAGGAGGAGGAAGGGAUUAAGAAAAACAAGAGCAAGAGUAUGAGAGCAGAAGGAGGAGAUAAGGAGAAGCGGAGAGGGAACAGUGUGGAGUCCAAGCAGAAAGCCAGCCAGGGAGCUACGACAGGGCUAGGGAAGGCCAGGGUGCAAAGUGUCAUCAAGAGCCAGGAGCCCCAGCCCAUCAGCUCCCUGCUGUCUGACAGCCAGUACAAUGAGAUCUUCGAAAGUGUGCUGGACUCCUCACUGGAACACUGUCUGGAGGAUGCCAGGGCAGUGCUGAGUGAAGUGGAGUUGUUGCAGGCCAGUAUUGGCAAAAGCUGUGAAAGCAGUGCCAUUGGUGGAAACUGGGAGGGAGAGCUUGAAUCGAGCCAAUCCGGCAGGAGCAGUCGGGGCACUGGUCAGGGAAAGAAAGGAAAACUACAGGAAAAGAGUGUGGAGAAGACCAGUGGCGAGCAAACUGAAGAGUGUGAGCAGGAGCCCAAAAAAAGCAACUGCAAUGGAGAUGAAUAUGACUUGUGGGCCCAGUGCAGCAGGAACAGCUGUAAGAAGUGGAGGAAGCUGAAGUGGCAGGAGGACCUUUCAGUUCUGCCGGCAGACUGGGCCUGCUCCCAGAACACAGACCCCCAGCACAGCAGCUGCGACUGCCCGGAGGAGAACUGGAGCGGCAGUGAGGAGGACCUGGUCCACAGCAGCCUGGUCCCUGGAUCCAUGGUGUGGGCUCAGCAACCCGGCUUCCCCUGGUGGCCAGCGAUGAUUGAGUCUGACCCGGACGCCAAGUCAUCCUUCCUUUUCAAGAACAAGACGGAGAAAUCCCCCUCCAAGUACCACGUGACGUACUUUGGAGAGCCGGCCACCCGCGCGUGGGUGUCUGCCUGCAGGGUGAAGGCCUUCCACGCUCUCUCCGAGGAGGCCGCGUCGAGCAUGGUCAGGCAGCAGAGCUACAAGAAGAUGUUCAGCGUAUCGCUGAACAUGAGCAGACAGGCAGAGAAACUUCCUCUAAAGCGGAGGCUGGCAAAGUUUGGGUUUUUGAGCCGGUACCAGGACAGCAAGGUCUCUGUGGGGGACAACAGCACAGAAAGCAGCGAGGAGUACUCUUGUGAUGAGGAGGAUUUUGCUGGCACAUCUAAGAAAAGAUGCAAGAAAGGAGCAAAGCCAGAAGCUAAAAAGAAGGCGGCCAAACUGCCUUCGAACCAGAAACAGAAUGGCCGAAAUGGACCAAAGCUGAACAGUAAUAAAGAGCUUGGGAAAAAGGAGAAGGGAAAGGAGGAGGAGAAAAAGAAAGCAGCAAAUACACUGUUCCCUGGACCAAAAGAGAAGAAAGCUGCCAGCAAACCAGAGUCAGCGGGGGAGGCCGACUCCCGUGGAAAAGAGCUGGGAGCAGGAGGAGAGCGAGCGGAGAAGAAAGUGCUCACUCCUUCAUUCACCAAGCCGAAGGAUAAGAAAACCACAGACAAACAAGCGCUGCAAGUGGAAAAGCCCCAGCUCAAAGUCAGAGAGCAGACCAUCCCAGGUAUCACUGCUCCCAGAGGUCAGGAGGGGGGAGAGGGAGAGAGGGGCUCGGAAAGUACAGGAGAGGACAGGAAAGCCGGAAAGAUAAAGGAAAAGGAUGAUGGGGUCAAGAGAGAUGUGGAAAAGGAAGGGAGUGGAGAGGAGAGGAAGAACAAAAUACUGCCGGAGGUGAAAAGGGAAGGGAGCGUGACAAAGGAGGACAGAAGAGGGAGCGCCACUGAGGGAGAGAUGAAAGAAGAGAGUGAAGGGGAGGCACUGGAAGAGGAAUGCACGAAGAAGACAGAGAAGAGCGCUGCAUUGGAGGACCUGACCGGCUUUCUGGAGGAUGACAUGGAGAUCCUGAACUGCCAGCAGGAGUUUCUCAAUGAUGUGGGCACUGAGGAGGAAGAGGACGGAGAAGAGUUUAAUUUAAUGCUGUUUAAGGGAGUAAGGGCGACUUACCUUCCUGCUUGACUUAAACGAUAAUAUUUGGCUCUUAAAGAAUGGUUUUAUGCAUUAUUUAUAAUCUGUGUUUUGGCUUGUGACGAGAAAUAAAAUAUUGAGUUACGAAUUGUGAAA